AUGUUUUCCCAAACCUCUUCAAAAUCCAACUCUACUUCUUGUGUUCCUAACAAGAGACAAAGAUCAUUCUCUCAAGAGUCAAUUGACGUUCCUACAUCAAGACUCAAAACUUCAAACGACAGCUCAAUGGAUAUCAAUUCUGGCGAUUGUUCUCUCCAGGACUCUGAGAUCUCAUUUUGUGAUCUUGACGAAAAGGAUGAAGAGGAACAUGGCAUUCAACUUGAUCUGGAUCCAUCUCAGCUUGACGAAGAGAGUCAACUCGUGUAUAAAAUAUGCAACGUUUCAAACUUCAAAUUUUGGUUUUCUCGGUCCAGCAACUGA